AUGACAGACAUGCCGGAGAUCAAGAUGGAGACACCUAGCACUGGCUCUAAAGAGGUGCUGCAGACUGUCGACUAUCCAUACGCCUGUCUAGCAGGUGUGGGAUAUGAUAUAAGACAGAUAAUAUACUCACAUACUCUUCUCGUCCUACGACCUAUAACUUUAUCGACUUCAAAUUUACCUACUGAACAAACAACACCACCGGCUUCUUCAAGUUCGACAUUUUCGUCGACCUCGGAUAAUCAUCAAAUUGCAUACAGCAGUUGCUUCGUCCUCGACUUCAAGAACAUCAAUUGCUCUCUUUUUACACUCAAUAGAGAGAUUUCUAAGGAAAGCCUCGAAUACUUCUAUACGAAGAACUCCUUCGAACACUUCCAACGCCAGCCCAUUGAGGACUACCUGAGACAUCUUUAUAGCGGAUUGCCGAUACGUAUUUUACGGCCAGCGAGUCUUGAAACACUCCGCAUUAAUUUAGAUGGCCUGCUCUCUGACCAGCACCAUACCAAAGAAGACGAUAUCGUUGGUAUAGUCCGAACUUCUGAUUUAAGCAGAUUCUUCAAUAUGAUGGAUGGAUCUGAUGUAUGUGGGCGACCACAAGAUAUGAAAUCUCCCCCAACAUUUGCACCUCGUCUUAAUGCUAGGAUACGUUCUAUUGUCAAUCUAAGGCUACGAAUAGUUAAGGACGUUGUUGACAUGACGAAGACCCGUGGAAAUAAGGACAGCUAUGUAUUGCUUGGGGAUUUGCCUACGACAAGCUCACCAGAUGAUCUGGACUUGAAUGAAUUGGUCGGGACUCAGCAACCGACGAGUAUUGACCAUCUUCAUAUAAACUGGGAAUAUCUUACAGCAACUGACUUCAUCGCAUUGGCUACAAGGCUGACAGUGUGUGAGGACACGGCUGGAUGGACGCGGGCAUAUAAGUAUUUAGUAUUUGCUUCCGACACCGACCUAUAUGGCAUUCACGAUCGCAUGGAAUGUCAGACUCUCAGGUAUCAUUAUGAAUGGAAUAAGGAUUAUACUCCUGUGGUUGAUCUGUUGGACAAGGUCAGUUCAAUAACUUGGAAACUUGGGCUGCAACAGGAAUCUCUGAUCACAGCUCACGGCGCAUUGACACUGACUGUCAAAAAAGGGACAAUGGGAAUGAUGCCUUUAGAUAUGAUAGAAAGACUAGUCAUCCGACUCGUUGAGAAUUUAGCGGAAGAACCGUGGGGCCCGGUUACGAUGGACGUAUUCUUCAUUGUCAACCGACAUCAUCGCAACAGUGCGACUUUAAAGAAUGCCGCUCAAAUAAUCAAGGCUCGUCGUCUCGAGUAUGAAAAGCCAGACCCAAACCGGGAGAAAAUCGAGGAACAGACUUUGAAACUUGCAAAACUCCACAUUUCGAAGGGGCUGCUCUUGGAUGGUAUCGCCGAGCUUGAAUCUGCUCUUUCCCAAUAUCCCGACAGUGUGGUACUUCGUAAUGCACUGACGUUGAUAAAAGAAGAAAAUAGAGAAUGGAGAUGA